GUUCGGUAUGGUGCGCGUGGGGCGCGCGGAGGCGAUGCACCCGCGCGCGCGUGACGUCAGCUCGCAGUAGCUGAUUUAGGAGAAAAAUAUUUUUAACUGUAUCUUCACAGCAUAGAGUUGAAAUUGGAUUAACACUAGUAUUUUUACCUACAGACGAUAGGUUCGGCAUGGUGCGCGUGGGGCGGGCAGAGAUGAUGCACCAGCGCGCGCGUGACGUCAGCUCGCAGUAACUGGCUUUUAGGAGAAAAAUAUUAAUAUCUGUAUCUUCACAGCAUAGAGUUCAAAUUGGAUUAAUAUUAGUAUUUUUUACCUACAGACGAUAGGUUCGGUAUGGUGCGCGUGGGGCGCGCGGAGGCGAUGCACCCGCGCGCGCGUGACGUCAGCUCGCAGUAGCUGAUUUAGGAGAAAAAUAUUUUUAACUGUAUCUUCAAAGCAUAGAGUUGAAAUUGGAUUAACACUAGUAUUUUUACCUACAGACGAUAGGUUCGGCAUGGUGCGCGUGGGGCGGGCAGAGAUGAUGCACCAGCGCGCGCGUGACGUCAGCUCGCAGUAACUGGCUUUUAGGAGAAAAAUAUUAAUAUCUGUAUCUUCACAGCAUAGAGUUCAAAUUGGAUUAAUACUAGUAUUUUUUACGUACAGACGACAGGUUCGGCAUGGUGCGCGUGGGGCGCGCGGAGGCGAUGCACCCGCGCGCGCGUGACGUCAGCUCGCAGGUGCUGGCGCAGCGCGAGGCCGCGCGCCUGGCCAAGGAGCCGCAGCACCGCCACGGGCUCAACCAGGAGAUCAAAUUCGAGAUAUCCCGCCUAGAAGCGAAAAUAAACAUGUGGAAAGCGGCGGUGCAGGACGCGGCGGCCAAGAGCGACCCCAGCCGCAUCGCCUACUGCGAGGGCCGCAUCAACGAAAUUGCAAAACGGAUCGCACUACUGCGCAGCGGCGGCGGGGGCGGCGGCGAGGAGCUCCGUCCAGACCAGCUCGCAGCGGUGGAGCGGCGUUACAUCGAGCGCGCCGACAUCGUCGUCACCACGCUCGCCAGCGCGCUCAGCCACAAGAUGCGCGGCCUAAAGCGGCGUAUCGCGCUGUGCAUCGUGGACGAGGCGGGCCAGGCCAUCGAGCCCGAAACGCUCAUCCCGCUCACGCUCGACGUCACGCGCCUCACGCUCAUCGGCGACCCGCAGCAAUUACCCGGAUACAUCUGCUCACAGCGCGCGAAAAAGCACGGCCUCGGCGAGAGCCUGUUCUCGCGGCUCGCAUCGUGCGCGGAGGCCUGGGCGGCGGGCGUCGGCGACGGCGAGGCAGCCGUGACGCUGCUGAGCGAACAGUACCGCAUGCACGCCGACAUCGCCGACUACCCCAACCGCGCCUUCUACGCCGGCCGCGUGACUUCGGCGCCGCGCGCGCGCCCGCCUAUGCCGCUGCCGCCGUACUGUAUAGUUGGGAUCUCCAGCGGGGAUAAGGGACAACACGCAUCGGGCGCGAACGAGACGGAGGCGUGGGGCGUGUCGCGGCUGGUGGCGGCGCUGGGCGCGGGGCUGCGCGCGCGCGGGCUGAGCCUGGCCGUCAUCACGCCCUACAACGCGCAGAAGGAGCUCAUCAAGAAGUGCCUGCGGACGCUGCUCGAGCCGUCGGAGGCGCAGGUGGAGGUGAACACGGUGGACAGCUUCCAGGGGCAGGAGCGCGACGUGGUGGUGGUGUCGCUGGCGCGCUCCAGCGGCGUGGGCUUCCUCACCGACGCCGGCCGCAUGAACGUCAUGCUCACGCGCGCCAGGCACGCGCUCGCCGUGUGCCUCAACCCGCACGCAGUACAGAAAAAUCAUCAAUGGCGUACUCUAUUGCAGGAUUCACAAAAGAGAAAAAUGUAUAAAACACUUCCGCAUGCAAUGUGCCAAGCAAUAAGUCUAGCCCCCAACGACGAAAUACUUAGGUAUAUUUCUUAAGUCGUUAUUUUACAUCAAUAAUGUUAUAUAAUUCUUUAGGUAUUUAUUUACGAGUAGGAAUGAAGUGCAGUGUAUCCCUUGAUUGAAUAUCCUCGAAGUAAUCGAAAGUCUUUGAUAAAAUUAUGAAAAAUAUUAUGCUUAUCCUAUCCCAUUACUAGUGUAAAUGUGAGAGUGGAAAGAUGGAUGAUACUCUCUAACUAAAAAUAAUGAACGGAUUUCGAUGAACUUUACAGUAUCAUUGUUUAUAAGAAAAUGAAGUAAUUCGUCAAAUUACAACGAUAUGUGUCAAGUUGGACGGUAAUUCUGUGUCAAACUAAAUAUUACGCGGGCAAAAGCUAGUGGAUGUUACUUUAGAUUUUAGGAUUUUGUAAAUUGUAUAGUAAAACUUAAAAAUUAAGCGAUGGCGCCAUUAGCUACUUGAUUUUUUUAAACGUUUAUUGAACCUAAGACUUAAUCUUCAUCAAUUUAUUAAGUGCCUACCUCUAAUGUAAACUCUUACUUUAAUAUAAUAAAAAAACUAAUGAAGCAUAUAAUAUUAACAAACAAAUAAAAUUUGUCGUGUAAGCUCUCUAAGUUGAAAAUCUUUUGGACAUACAUAAAAUUAUCUUUCCCAGUUCCGUGUAUCCUCAGGUCCGUGGCAAAACAUAAAUAUUUUGUACGAAACGUAAUACCCGGUUCGUACUUAAAAGAAACGUUUACGUCUGUGGAUGUUGUUUUUUUAUCAGGACCUGCCUUCCUAGACUAAGUAAUAUUCGUGACAGAUUCAAUUCCAAAAUCGCUUCACUCCGGCUUUUUUUUGUACGCUAACCACUUCGCUCUGUGAAGCAAUUGCAGGAUUUGAUUCUGUUAUCGGAUGAUUCAUGUAACUCUCUUCGUGUACUCGUACAUUGUGUAUAUUAAUCCUUAUAAUAGACUUAAGAUAUUGUAAUAAGAUCGUUUUUUUUUUAAUUGGACUCGUCCGAAUUAAUGAAAUAUGGAUGUGAUUUCGGUAAGUUUGUGAUCAUUGGUAUAAUGGAAAGCUUUAAAACGUUGAAUCUAAGCUAUUAGGUGCUGUAAGUAGAAGCUUAUUUAGGUAUGGAAUGAAGUGACACCGAAAGACGGCCAGUUCAAGAAACCUAAGCAAAAUGUUUUUGAAAUUGCUUGUGGGUCUUGCAUUAUUUUUGGAUGUUUAUAUCAAUAAAAUAAUAUAAGCGUUGACUAUUUUAGGGCGAGUCAAUACAUAGAUACCUAGUCGCAGGUUGCGCAACGAAAGUUGAGGUGAACACUGUACUCACACUGACGUAAUAUUUGUAUCUACUAUCGGCCACAGUUCCAGCUACCCAUUUCCGUUUUUUUCUCUCCCUCUCAUCAAAUAGUGAAUUUGCGAUAGAACGAGAAGACAUGACCGGAAAUGGGUAGCUGGAACUGUGGCC